AUGGCUCUCAACAGACUUGCUGUCAGCAUAGUCUUUUUCUUCGCUGCCAUCCUCACGCAGCAUUUUACCAACGCCCUGCCAGUAUUGGAACAGCUCCCCAAAAGACAAAUUGUAACCAGAAUGCACACUGCUAGCACAACGAAUAUUGUGACCGAUUUCUACUCUACAACCACGCAAAUUGAGGUUGCUCCUACUGUUGAGUUCAUCAUCAGUGGUGACGCAACCUUCACCACUACGUUGCCACAAGCCGAUGGCUCAACACCUACAGGUAACCCUACCACAACUGUUAUGGUCACAGUACAGCCUCAGAAUGAGAAUGCGGCUGAGCCAAAUGGCUUGGCGUCCUCCUCCAGCUGCACAACAACGAUCACCACUGGAGCUCCAAAGGGAACAGUCUACGUUUCUCCUCUACCUGUCUCUGCCACGCAGAGCUCUAAUCCGCAACUAACAGCAUCGACUCUGGCUGCAAGUUCCUUGGUAGCUUCUGCGUCUGUUCUGCCCCCACAAGCAGGUUCAGCUACUUAUGAAGCAUCAAGCUCUUCUUCUUUGACUCCAACCCCGCCAAGCCCUCAUAUUCCUGCUCCACCAGCCUCCACCACCUCAGGAUUUGAGUCAGCUACUAGCAAGCAACCAGAUGUUUCAUCUUCAAACGCUCAAGAAUCUGCUCCAUCCAGUAGCUUCACUUCAACCAGCGAAGAAGCAACGAGCACUUCUUCUUCAUACGGCACUACUGCUUCUAGCACCGAACAGACAACUAGUACCUCUACCACUGUACCAACCUCCUCCUCCUACGCCUCUACGACAUCUACUACACCAAUCGCCGCCUCGUCCUCUGGAACAACGUCGUCAACUUCAUCCACCACGUCAGGACAGUUGCACAGCGCCCCUACUGCAUUAGUGUACUCUCCGUACAAUAAUGACAACACCUGCAAGGACUCUUCUAGCGUAUACCAAGACAUGAAAUUUAUCAAGUCCAAAGGAGUGUCUAAAGUCAGAAUUUACGGAACUGAUUGCAACUCCCUAGAGACCAUUACAUCUGCUGCCAAGUCACUCGGUAUUACAAUCAAUCAAGGCCUGUGGAUUACAUCUGCCGGUGUUGAUUCAAUUGAUGACGCCGUCAACGAUGUCCUAGCCUACGGAAAGUCUAACGGAUGGGAUCUGUUUGAUGUUCUAACCAUCGGUAAUGAAGCUGUUCUUUCGGGCUACUGUUCUGUGGACGAUUUAGUGGCCAAGAUCUCAUCUGUUAGAUCUAAGUUUGAAAGCGCUGGCUUCACAGGCAAGUAUACCACCAGCGAGCCACCUGUGACUUUCCAAAACCAUCCUAGUUUAUGCAAGGAUGCCAAAAUUGAUUUUGUUGGCAUCAACUCACAUGCUUACUUUGACGUUAAUUCUUCCGCUGAUUCUGCCGGGACUUUUGUUAAGGGCCAACUCGAGUUGAUUCAACAAGUUUGCGGGACAAACAACGUUGUUGUGACCGAGACAGGAUAUCCAUCUGGUGGAAAUACAAAUGGCGGUAAUAUUCCAUCUCACGAAAACCAACUCGAAGCCAUUCAGAAUAUCUUAAAUGAAAUGAACGGCGAGGUCACAGUAUUAUCCACGUUCAAUGACUACUGGAAGCAACCGGGUCCUUACGGUAUUGAGCAAUUCUUCGGAAUUUCUGAUAUCUUAGCAUCUGCGUGA